AUGAAAAUUUUAAAAGAUAAAAGAAAUAUUCGCUAUGAGUAUGAAUUGGAUAAAUUAAAAAAAAAAAAAAAGGAUAAUAUUUUAAUUUUAAACAUAAUUAAUAAUAAAAUAAAUUAUAUUUGUUACAUAUUGAAAAGUGACUAUAGAAAUAUUAUCAAUGAUGUUAACUAUGAAAAUACAAACUCUUUAGAAACUUGUUUUUAUUAUUGUAAACCGUAUAUAUCCUUUUUACUUUUAUUUUAUCCUUAUAUUCAUAAUUAUGUUAAAUGUUUAAGAAAUAAUAGUUUAAGGAUUUAUAAAAAUUUUUAUAAAUACAUAUUAGAUUUACCAAACAAUUUUCAUUCUUUAAUUUUUAAACUAAGGAUAAUUGAUGAAAUAAAAUUAAAAAAUUCUUUAAAUUCAAGCAAUGAUUACGAUGAAAUAAAAAAAACAUGUGAACUCAAUACAAGUAGCAAUUACAAAAACGAUUCAGUAUCUGAUUUACUUUUAUUAAAUGCAUAUUUUCAUGAUAGUUUUACUAAAAAAAAUUUUAUAAAAAUACUAUUUUCUAGAAUUUAUGUAAAGAAACAUCACAGAAAUAUUUUUAGAGUACUAAAAAUAAUUUUAUAUUAUUUUUCUUUACCGUCAUUUUCUUUUUCAAAAAAGUUUUUUGAAUGGUAUCACAAUAAAAAAUCAAAUGAACGAAGGAACAUAAAGAUAUCAAAAAAAAAAAGUGAGAUAAAUGAAAAAAGAAAUAUAAAAAGAAAUUCUAAUUUAGAAAGUGUAAAAAAAAAGAGUAAUAGAAAAAAAAAAUAUAAAAAGCUGUAUUUUAAAAUUCCCCUAUUUAAACACGUCAUUGUACCAACUAUAUAUAUUAAUGACUACUAUAAUAACAGAAAAAAAUUAUUUAAGAGCAAAUUUGUUAAAAUAAAAAAAAAAAAGAGAGAGGAGACAGAAUCAUAUUUAUCGGAUAAUAGUGAUAAUGUAAGUAGUGAAAAGAGUUUAAGUUUCUUAAGUGAUUCAGAAGAAGAAAAUGAAGUGAACUCAUUUUUAAGAAAAGAAAUAUCUUGUUCAGAAAAUGAAUAUCAAAAUAAAAAUUCAGAAUACAGAAAUCUAAGCUAUGAUGAGUAUAAUAAAGAUACAAAAAUAAGUGAAGUAAAGAUUCAGGAGGAUAAUAUACUUGAGUUAAGUUCAAAUAUAAGUAUAGGAAAAGAAAAUAAUGAAAAUGAUACUCAAAAAAUUUUUAAAAAUUACAUUGAUGAUUGUAAUAAUAGUACUUUUUUAUACAAACACAUAAAUGAAAACUUCACUGAUUUCAUUAAAGAAUGUAAAAAUAAAAAUAAAUCGAUAAAAAAUAUAGAAAAAAUAUAUGGCAAUUACGUGGUAAAAGAAAUACAAAAUUUUUUUAUAAAUGAAAAAAAGAAAAGUUAUAGGAAAAAGAUUUAUUCACAUGAUACGUGGAAAAAAUUAAUAAAUUUUAAUGAUGUGGACUAUAACAAAAAUACAUUAAUACAUAAAGCAUGUUUAGUUGCUAAUAUUAAUAUUAUUUUCCUUCUUUUGAAUUUAAAUGUGAAAUUAAUAAUUUAUAAUGAUAAAUUAGAGCUGCCAUUACAUUGUACCCUGUAUAAUUGUGACAAAUAUAUUUUCUUAUUGCUUUUACACAACACAAUAGAAUAUUUAUUUUUUUUUUAUUUAAACGAAUAUAAUAAUAAAAAAAAGUAUAUAAUCAAUGGAAAAGUAACUGAUAAUAAUAUUCUUAAUAAUGAUAAUAGAUGUGAAAAUGCUCAAAAAAAAGGAUGCUUUAGAAUGAAAGAAAAAGAAAAAGAAGAUAAUUAUUUUGAUAACGAAUUUGAUAAAAAAAAUGUUCAUGUUAUUAGAAAAUUGGAGAAAAAUAAUAAGAACAAUAUAAAUAACAGUACAAAAUUAAGUAAUAAAAUAAGGAAAAAAAAAUAUAAUAAAUAUAUCAAAAAUGGUUUUUUUUAUAAUAAAAAUAUAAAUAGUAAGUUUUUAUUCAGUGUUGUUAAAUUAUAUAUAAGUGUAAUUAUAAAAAUUAUUGAACUUGGAAAUUUUGAAUUUUUAAAAAUUCUUUUUAAUUAUAAUAAAUAUAUUUUUUGUUACAUAUUACAAAAAACGGAAAUAUUUUACUUUUUAUGUUUAUUUGCACAUAUGUAUAAUUGUGUUAACACAUUUCUUAAAUUUUGUGAUAAUAUUUUGAGCUUUAACUUGUUUAGUCAAAAUAAAAAAAAAAAUAAAAAAAGGAAAAAUGAGGAAAUACAAUUUUUAGAAUAUAAAAAUUUUGUUUCAAAGAAAAAUAAAAAAAAUUCUGAAAUAUCUAGUAGUUCUUUUUUAAUAAAUAGUUAUAAAAAAAGAGGAAGAUUUCCGGAUGAAAAUUCUUCGUAUAAUAAAGAUAUGAAUGAAGAAAAUAUCAAUGACCGAAUUACUAAUAUCAAACAAGAGGAAGAAGAUAUUCCAAAUCCAGUAGACAAAGAUUAUAUUAUAAAAGAAAAAAAUUGUCAUAUAGAAGAGAAACUUUUAAAUAAGUACAAGAAAACAAAGAGAACAGGCUAUAUAAAUAAUUACGUCAUAAAAAAAAAAAUAAACAAAAAAAGUAGAAUAGAAAUAUUUUAUUCAAAUGAAUGUGCUAAGCAUAUUUUUGUUCCUGAACCAACUGAUUAUCCAUAUUUAAGAAAGAAGGUUAAAAGUAACAUCCCUGAAAAUUCUAGUAGAUUAGAUGUACUGAUUUCUAAUAAGCAUGGAAUAUUGAAAUUGAACACUUUUGUUGAUUUUAAAUUAAGAAGAGUUCAGAGAAAGGCGACAGUAACUGAUAUUUUAAGAGUGCAUGAUAUUUCUUAUUUGAAAAGUCUUUUAUAUAAAAUGAAAAAAUAUAAUUUAACUGAUGAUGUAAAUGAAAAUUUCUUAGAAGAAACCGAAAAUAAAAAAAAAAAAAAUUACCUAAUAAACUCAGAUGACCUGAGUGAAGUUAAUAAUAUUAGUUAUGAGAAUUUUAAUAAAUUGGAAAAUCACAUAGAUUCUUAUGAAGCUACUAAGGAAAACACAAAUUCGAUUGAGGUAUUAAAAAGUAACCAUGGAGAUGAUAAGAAAAAAUUCACUGAACAUGAUGAAGUUGACCAAAGAGAAACGAGCACUGGACCAUUUUAUGAUAAAACGGAUUAUGAAAAAAAUAUUAUUGAAAAUGUUUGUGAAAAACAUAAUGAUAUACCAGUAAUUGAAGAAAAGAAGUAUGUUAUAGAAAAAUCUGAUGAAAAUGAAAUGGAAAAAAAAGUUCUGGUUUGUACCAAUAUAAUCACAAAGGAAGUUCAAAUAAAAAAUAAAAAAUGUACUAAGGAGAAGAUAGACAAAUUAAUAUUGUUGGAUAAUGAUACAUUUAUUAAUAAACAUUCAUUCAAUUGUGCUUUAAAUGCUAGUGGAGUAGUUUUAAAUGCAGUUGAUUAUAUAUAUUCAAAAAAAAAUAAAAAUAAAAAAGUUUUUUGUGUAGUAAGGCCUCCAGGCCAUCAUUUAGGGACAUUUGGUGCAGCUCAAUUUAAUUUAACUGAUGAAGAUAGAGCAGCAGGAAGCCAAGGCUUUUGUCUUUUAAAUAAUAUAGCUAUAGGAAUUUCAUACGCCAAAUAUAAAUAUGAGAAAUUUGAAAGAAUUGCUAUUAUAGACUUUGAUAUUCAUCAUGGUAAUGGUACUGAACAAAUCAUUAGAAAUUUGGGAUUAAAAAAAAUAAAAGUUAAUAAUUAUAUUGACAUAUAUAGUUGGAAAGGAUGGAAAGAUAAAAAUGAUAAAAAGAAUAUAUUUUUUAGUUCAAUUCAUGCAUUUGAUGGAUAUUUUUAUCCAGGCACUGGUUUUGAUACAAUAGAACUUGAACCAUAUAUAAUUAAUGUUACCUUAAAAAAAAAUAUGAAGGCAAAAGAUUUUCUAUCAUUAUUUCAAAAUAAUAUUUUAAUACAUUUAUUUCACUUUAAACCAAAUUUACUUUUUUUGUCAGCUGGAUUUGAUGGUCAUAAAUUAGAUUAUGUAAACAAUGGUUUUGUCAAAAAUAAUACUUCCACUUAUUUUUAUUUAACUAACCUAAUUUUAUCAUUACAGAAUAAACUGAAUUUUCCAAUUAUAAGUGUUUUAGAGGGUGGAUAUAAUACAUCCAAUGAUAUGGGAUCUGUUUUUAGUUUAUCUGUUUUAGAGCAUUUAUUAUCCUUUUACUAUAAUGAUACCUCUUUUUUAUCAGUAAAAAAAAAUAAUAAAAAAAAGUCUUCUUAUUUAAACGAUGUUGAAAAAAAAGAAAAAUGGAAUAAGAUAAAUAAUAUAAAAGAAAAAAAAAAUAAUUAUUUUAAUAAAAUUACUAAUAUCAAUUCUUCAAAUGGAACAGAAUGUAAAGGGAAUAUAAAAAAAAAUAAUAACAUAAAAAAUAAAAAAAAAGUAGGAACACUUAGAUUUCCAUAUGUUUCUUUAGGAAGAAAUAAAAUAGAAGAAAUGUUUAAAAAUUAUUUUAGUGCUUUUAAAGAAAAAACAAAAGAAACAGAAAAUUUAAAUUUAACAAAGCAUUUAGAAGAUUAUGAAAAUUUUUUAAAACAAUAUGACAGAAAACAAAUUGAGAUUAAAAAUAAAGUUAAUAAUUUUUUGAUAAAACACAAACUUCUUUUGGAAAACCUUUUAAAAAAAAAAAAGGAUUUUUCUAAAAUUAAGGAUAUAAAAUUGCCAUAUGAUUCUUAUUUUUAUGAAGUAUUAAAUCAUUUUAAGAUAAAACUAGGAAAAAAGAAAAAAAACAAAAAUAAUUUCUUAUCUAAAAACGUAAAUCAGUAUUUUUCGGCUUUAAAUAAUCCUUCAGAUUUAGAUCAUUUGAAACUUACAUAUACUCAAACGUAUCCCGAAGCAAGUUUUCAAUUUAGUAACUUAUGGAAAAUGAAUAGAAAUUAG